AUGGAGCUGCAUGAAAUGUUCCGUUACGGGUACAUGUUUCCGCCGCGGGAAGACGAACCGAUCACCGCCUGCGCGUAUCUGGAGCUGCCGAGCUAUGGGAAGACGGGCAAGACCGUUGGCUUGCCGCCCGUCAGCACCCUUACGGUACCGCAGAGCCUCGUCUACGACGGCAGCAACUGCAGCGACGGUUGGCACACCCCCAGCCCCACUGCCAGUCUGCGAUCUGUCAGCCCGGCCACGACGCUGUCGAUCUCGUCGGAACCGGAAACAGUCAACAGCGCGCCGACGUAUCGGCUGCUGGACACGGUCAGCAGAGACAAGAGGCACGCGAUAACGAAGAGGAAUUCGUCGCUCGGACCAUGUAACGUGGGGAACAAACGGCUGCGUGUUGACCCAAUGGAUCAUCAUCUGAUGGUGACCGGGGAGAUGAUCAAUCUGGACGGCGAGCGCGAGGACGCCGACGAGACGAUCAACUUGGACCUCGACAAGUCGCAGUCCUGCCAUGGCAGCGUCAUCAGCAACUCCAGCGGUGGUCUGUCCGAUCGCACGAUGGACGGCGACAGCGAGGAGGACGCGGAGAUCAGUGACGGUGCGGAUCACGCGGGAGGCGCGCGUCUUGCUUCCGGCGGUCGCGAUUCUCGCAGGAGGGGCAAGUACGUUAACUCCACCAUCGUGAAGAAACGCCGAUUGGCAGCCAACGCGCGCGAGAGGAGGCGGAUGCAGAACCUGAACAAGGCGUUCGACAGGCUGCGCGCCUACCUGCCGUCCCUGGGCAACGAUAGACAGUUAUCGAAAUACGAGACGCUGCAGAUGGCACAAUCCUACAUUACCGCGCUUUACGAUCUGCUGCAGUGA